AUGACUCUUAACUCUCAAGUUAUCUACACAAAGCCUCCUACAGAAUUUCCAGUGGUUGGCGAAACUGUCAAGAUAUCCAAAUCCACAAUUGACCUUGAUGCUCCUCUACCCGAAGGCGACAUUCUCUUGAAAAAUCUUGUGCUUUCUGUUGAUCCUUAUAUGCGUGGACGCAUGCGUGACCCUGCAAUCGAUUCCUAUGCUCCAGCAUUUGAGUAUGACAGUGUCCUGACUGGCGAUACUGUUGGCCUUGUAAUCAAAUCCAACAAUCCCAAAUUCAGUCAAGGUGAUCUGGUCUAUGGCAGAACAAGUCUGGGAUACUUUGAAGAGUAUUCGCACGUCAAGGGAUCUUAUGCGGAUGAAAGCUAUGUCGUGCGCAAUGACCCCAAGACUAAUGGUCUUCCACUGUCUUAUUAUGUCGGAGUCUUGGGCAUGCCCGGUCUUUCAGCCUAUGUUGGUCUUAAGAAAUAUGGAAGACCAAAAAGUGGUGAAACACUCUAUAUAUCGGCAGCUUCGGGAGCAGUUGGACAGAUCGUUGGACAGAUCGGCAAGGCAUUGGGACUGUAUGUUGUUGGAUCAGCCGGGUCGGACGACAAGGUCGAGUACCUCAAGGAACUUGGAUUCGACGGUGCCUUUAAUUACAAGACUGAGAACAUUGACGCAAAGCUCACAGAACUUUGUCCCAAGGGUAUCGACAUAUACUUUGAGAGUGUGGGUGGCUCUAUGCUCGAGCAUGUUCUUAAUCAUGCCAACAAUUUUGGUCGUAUUAUUGCAUGUGGCAUGAUCUCCCAAUACAAUACCCAGAAUCCAUAUGGAGUACGCAACCUUCUUUACAUUGUAACCAAGCGCCUGGCAUUCGAUGGAUUUAUUAUUAUGGACAAAGAGAACAUGGUUUAUGAAGAAGAAUUCAUAAAGACGUGUACCCAGUGGCUGUUGGAGGGAAAAAUCAAGUAUAGAGAGACAAUUGUGGAUGGAAUCGAAAACACUCCUCAGGCCUUACUUGAUGUUCUCAAGGGUAGAAACUUUGGUAAACAAGUAGUCCAGGUUACGAGUUUUUAA